AUGGCUAAUACCAAACCCAGCCAGAUCGGUGCCGAGGAUUCUGGCAACCAAAGGGAGAAUUCGCCAGACGUCGCCUACCAUUCUGCCAACGAAGAACAAGAUGAUAAUGGCAUCGAUGAUGAUGAAGAUGACUCUUUACAGAGACUUUCGGAACAAGCCCAAAGGCGAAGACUGAGCCAAAGAGGCUUCCACGAUGAACACGUUAGAGAUACUUACGAAGAUACUGACGAACACGAUGAUGACGACGCUGAAGGCGUCAGUGGUGGUAAUGACGACAUGAGCGACGUAGAUGCAAUGGAACCCGGUGACUUCUUGAGAAGACUAAUUCAACCAAGGUUGAGUAGGAGUGCCAGUUCGAGAAAUGAACAAGAUCACAGCAGUACCGGAAGCGCUGGAGACGAGGACGAAGCAAUGGAUGAAGAUGAUCCUCGAGCCGAGUUUUUGCGUGCCAUUGGAUCUUUAUCUUCGUCAGGGAGUGGUUCACAUUUGUCUUCUGGUAGCGGCCAGGUUUUUGUUGACGUAGUGCAAAGGCUAAUGGGCGGUGGAAUAAUGUUUGGAGGAGGAAUGAAUAGGGAAAGUAGUGAAAUUGAUGGAUUGAUCAACAACUUGAACCAAAGAGAAGAUUCGUACAUAAUUCUUGAAACUUUAAACGAGCUAUCAGAGAGAUUACUUAUGAUGAAUGGUAUCACAGCAGAACGCCUUAUUCCUGCUAACAAGUUGGCCAAGAGCUUGGUAAAUAUAAUGGAAGAUACAAAUUUGUCGGAAGAGCUAGAGAUACAACUUGUUACUUGUCGUUGUCUCUAUAAUUUUCUAGAGGUCAAUCAGGAUUUUGUCCAUGAUGCCCUCAACAACCAUGCAAUUGAAGCUUUGUGCACCAAGCUCAUGGAGGUAAGCUAUAUUGACUUAACAGAACAAGCUUUGCAAACACUAGAGAUGAUUUCUCGUGAUCCCAUUUCUCACAACAGUAUUAUUGCCAACAAUGGUCUAAGAGCAUGCCUACAAUACAUGGAUUUUUUGACCAUUCAUGCCCAAAGGAAGUGCUUGUCAGUUGUAUCCAAUUCUUGUACAAAUAUUACAGUUGCAAACUUCCAGAAGGUAAAGGACAUCAUGGAUAAUAUCUCUGAAGUUGUCAGAAGUCACACUGAUUCCGUGGUUGUGGAGAAUGCAUGGCUAACCAUUUCUCGAAUCAUUAUCAGCUUCAAGACCAAGCCCGAGUUGUUAGAGGAAUUAUUUCUGAACAAAGAAUUAUUGUUGAAAGAUUUCACACAGGUUAUUUACAUCAGUUGCAACAAGUCACUGAAUACAUCAUCUGAAAAUGAUUCGUCCAAAGUUGCAUUAAAUUACAGUUCGUGCUUAAGUUUAAUCAAAUCUUUGAUAAUCUUGAGUAGCACCGGUGUUGAAAUCUCUAGAAUCUUGUUGAGCGAAUGCUCGAUAGGGGAGGUUAUCGUCAAAUCUCUUAACAAAUACUCUAAGUUUAAAUCUAAUACGUCUCAAUCUGAGAAUGCAAAUUUGGACCAAUCAUUUAUAAAGACUACCAAUGAAUCAAUAUCAAUCGAAGCUUUAAUGGCUGCUCCCAAAGAGCUCCUUUCGCAGUUUCUCAAUUUGAUCGGCUAUUUAUUGCCAAUCAGCUAUUCCCCUAGCGAAACCCCAUUCUUGCGAAAUAACCAUGACGACUUCGAAGAAAAGCAGAAAUUGAAUAAGUCUAGAGUUGAACUAUGUAAGGAUAUCAUUCCAAGACAAUACUGCGAUUUUGUUAAUGACAUUUGGCAUUUACUCAUGUGUAGUUUCCAAGCUACAAUGGAUUAUGAAAUUCGCAGAAAAGUUUUCAUUGAUAUUUUUAGAAUUGUCAGCUUCAGUUCAGAAUCCAACUUAAGCAAAAUAAAAGAUGUCAACUUGAUCACAAAUAUAUUGGCAUCGGUUGCCAACCAAAGUAAAGCACUGAUUGGACGCAACUUCUCCAAUACGGCACGCUUAGCAAAAUUGUUUUCUAAGGAGGAGGAUCUAGACAUGUUAAGCAGCGACGACGAGACAUUUGAAGGAAAUUUGGAUGAGCAUGAUGCAAUUGUGAACGAAGAUGAAGAGGAAAUUGCAGGAAUUGAAGAAGAAAUCGACGAAGGGUUGUUGCAAGAAGACGCGGAUAAUAUUGAAGAAGAAGAUUCUUUUGAUGACAACGACAAUGAGGACGAAGAAGAUCACGAUGAAAAUGAUGAUCGUGAAGAUGAUGAGGAUGAAGACGAAUACGAAGAAGUCGGCGGAUUACCAUAUCCUCAAACUGAGAAUUCAGCGGAUGAUAUAUCAAAAUUGAAUUCAAACGUUCUACUACUUAGUGGAUUGCUUAUUGCAAGGCUUCUUAUUGAAAAAGCACCUCAAACAUUCCUUCCUGAUUUCGAAAGGGAGGGCUUAAUUAGUGAUGUUUUACUGAUUGUCAAAAGUUUGACGGGUAAUGUCGAAGAAGAAGAGGCAACAGGAAGCAGUACAAGAGUUCAUUCCAUUUCUGCAAGCUACAGCAACAAAUACAUUGAUACAGAAUUCACAAAAGAGUACGAAUAUAAAUUGACAAAUAGUUCCAUACUAUACAAGAUUUACAAUGUUUGCUCCAUUAUCGAAAAGUCAUACCUAAAACUUAAGUUCAGUGGCAAUUCAUCUAUUCCUGAGCACAUGCAAAUAUUAAAUGAGAUAGACUCGAAACUCAGAGAUCACAAGUACUUAAAGACCCUCUCUUUUGACGAAUGGAAGUUGAUUUGGGACAAAUUAGAAUUUGCUCUCAAUGGUGCAUCUUCCAAUAUUCAAAUUUCUAGUUUUGAAUUGAUUUCAUCGGGAAUUAUUGAGUCUUUGUCUCAAGUCUUCAAUUCAGAAUCCUAUGAUUUUGGAUUUGAAUUCAGCGAUUGUUACAAAGCUUUCAUUUCAGUUUUCUUUGUGGACAAAGCGCGAGGUUCAUCCUCAUUCUUAGCAUCACUUCAGGAAGCUCUUACAAGGACCGAAUCGUUUCAAAUUAUCUCUUCUGGAAGUUCCAGUAUUGUUAGUCUAGGUUCGUUUUUCCAGAAUGAUAAUAGCCAAACUGCUAUCAUGGCCAAGCAAAUCAAAUUGAAGUUGGUUGCAUCGGAAAAUGAAACUGACAGCAAAUUACCUUCAAACAUGGAAAACAUGAUUCUCUCUGUUCAUGCAAUUGCUACUUUCAAGUCAGUUGACACCUAUUUGAAGCAAAGGUUUAAAUUUAUUGAAGAACUUAGUGGAAGAAGAGAUCGCUCAAACGGCGAUCUUGGAAAUGACGACGAAGACGUCUCGAAGAGGAAUCCUUUUAACAUCGAAUUCUUAAUCAACGGCGAAUCAGUUCCCAAUGAGAUUACCAUUUAUGGUGCGAUUUAUAGGUCAUUGCAGAACAAGCCGGAUGAAAUUGUUGAUCCAUCAAGAAUAUGGUCAACUGUUCAUAAUAUAUCAUACAGAAGAAUUAGCUCUGCAGUGACUAAGGAAAGUAAAUUAAUGAACUACAGUUUCCAUAUCAAGGACAAUGAAUUAGACAUCUAUGACAAGACAACGAUCUAUAUCCUCAAAUUGUUGAAGGUCUUGUUCGAGAUGAAUGCAUUUGUGAAGAUCAAUAUUCCUAAUACAGUUGCAAUUCCAGCCAGUAAUUUCAUGAACUGGAAGCUCACAGUUAAAUUAAACAGACAGUUGGAAGAACCCUUGGUUGUUGCCAGCGGUACACUACCUGGUUGGAGCAUCCAUGUUACGAAGCAAUUUCCGUUCAUUUUUCCUUUGGAAACUAGAAUAUUCUUUUUGCAGUCUACGUCAUUUGGUUACUCUCGGUUGAUUCAUCAAUGGCAAAUUAGGACGAACCAAGGAAACGAUGAGAAUAAUACAAAUAAUAACAACAAUCAAAGAGCACAGUUAGGUCGUCCAACCAGACACAAGGUGAGAAUAUCUAGAAAAUUUAUACUUCAGAGCGCAAUUAAAGUUCUCGGUCUUUAUGGCUCCACCCCCAGAAUUUUGGAAAUUGAAUAUUUCGACGAGGUAGGAUCAGGUUUGGGGCCAACAUUGGAAUUCUACGCAACUGUCUCCAAAGAGUUCUCGAAGAAGAAAUUGAAGCUAUGGAGAGAUAAUGACCCACUGGAAGUUGAUGAUGAGGCAUAUGUUUCAAAUGCCUUAGGUUUAUUCCCUUCCCCAUUGGACAAACACCAGAUUUCUACUGAAAAUGGUAGAAAGGUAUUGUCUUUCUUCUCGUCAUUGGGAAAAUUUGUCGCUAGAGCGUUGCUAGAUUCUAGAAUCGUGGAUUUUAACUUUAAUCCAGUUUUCUUGAAAUUGGUGCAGUACUUCAACCUCCACGGCGUACAGAGGAUAAAUCACAGGAACUUAAAGAAAAUGACAAAUAUUUCUAGUUUGAGAAUGGUUGAUCCAGCCUUGGCUGAUUCAGUUGAACAUUUGCUUAAGUAUGUGAAACAAUUUCCACAAGUUGGAGAGAUAGAACGCGAUUCCAUCGUGAUUGAUGGCUCUACCAUUAAGGACUUAUCACUUUACUUUGAAUUGCCUGGGUACCCUGAGUUUGAAUUGAUUGCUGGUGGUAGCGAGAUACAAGUUACUGCAACAAAUCUUGAGUUGUAUAUCAAUAGAAUUUUGGAGUCUACCCUUUUCACUGGAAUUGUGCAUCAAGCCAAAUCAUUUAUGGACGGAUUUUCAAACGUAUUCCCUGUAAAUACGUUAAUAAUAUUCUCGUCAGAGGAAUUGGCUGGUUUGUUUGGUGGAGCAGAAGAAGAUUGGUCAAUUGAUACUAUUACUUCAGCUGUGUAUGCAAAUCACGGGUUUACAAAGGAAUCUGAUGCUAUCAAAUCGCUAAUAACAAUACUCGUGCAAUUUAACGAAGAAGAACGCAGAGCAUUCUUACAAUUCCUUACUGGAGCACCAAAAUUGCCUAUUGGCGGCUUCAAGGCUCUUAGACCGGAGCUCACGGUUGUUAGAAAGCAUGCUGAAGAAGGCUUGAAGGAUGAUGAUUACUUACCGAGUGUGAUGACUUGUGCAAAUUACCUCAAGCUCCCGAAUUAUUCAUCAGAAGACCUCAUGAGGAAAAGAUUGCUUCAAGCUAUUAAUGAAGGCGCUGGUGCUUUCUUGCUCUCCUAG